AUGGUUCGUAGAAACCUCACUUCUUCACCUUCACAUUCAGACCCGAAGGACGACCAGUCUGCAGGUGAUGAUGACAAAGGGCAACAUAAAGGUUCACCUAGGGGUAAUACACCUCCUCAGUCUCCAACUCCUAUGGAUCUUGUUAAUGAUUCUGUUCCAUCACCCCUUCCAUCUCCACCCAAGACAAUCGUUCAGGUCACCGUUGCUCCUCCACCCAUAUCUUCAACACCACUAGUUUCCACUAUUGCUCCACCACCGCCUGUCAUUUUUACUCCAAUCACUACCGCCCCAUUACCACCACCUAUUUUCUCCAACCCAACCUUCACCUCUACACCUAUCAUCACUUCAGCCAUAGAUUCUUCUGUCAACAUCAACACAUCUGAUGUGGGGGGGCAGACUGAAGAACCUCCAAAAGUCACCACAGAUCCUCUUUCACCAACUCCUUCUAGUGAUUCUAAUCCAGUUCUUGGAAGAGCUGAUUUUUAA